GCUUAGCCGUGUUGCCCCCAAACCGCGUGGUCUUCUUCCCCGAUCAAAAUCGUAUCCAAUCCCCCAAUCCGAUCGCCUCGACAAAAUCCCCAUUCGUUCCCCUCCUCGCCGCCGCGAACCCUCCCCCGAUCCCCCACCUCGAUCUCCCCCAAACCCUAUCCUAGCCCCAGAUCCAGCCCAGCCCUAUCGACCCCCACUCGCCGGCGGCCAUGGGGAACCCCGAGAAGCUGAUGAACCAGAUCUUCGACCUCAAGUUCACCUCCAAGUCGCUGCAGCGGCAGGCGCGCAAGUGCGAGAAGGAGGAGAAGGAGCAGAAGCUCAAGGUGAAGAAGGCGAUCGAGAAGGGCAACAUGGACGGCGCCCGCAUCUACGCCGAGAACGCCAUCCGCAAGCGCACCGAGCACAUGAACUACCUCCGCCUCGCCUCCCGCCUCGACGCCGUCGUGGCCCGCCUCGACACGCAGGCCAAGAUGCAGGUCAUCGGCAAGUCCAUGCAGUCCAUCGUCAAGUCGCUCGACUCCGCGCUCGCCACCGGGAACCUCCAGAAGAUGUCCGAGACCAUGGACAAUUUCGAGCGCCAGUUCGUCAACAUGGAGGUCCAGGCCGAGUUCAUGGAGGGCGCCAUGGCCGGCUCCACCUCCCUCUCCACGCCCGAGACUGAGGUCAACAGCCUCAUGCAGCAGGUCGCAGACGACUAUGGGCUCGAGGUCUCCGUCGGCCUGCCUCAGGCCGCUGCGCACGCCAUCCCUGCUGCCAAGGAUAAGGAGAAGGUCGACGAGGACGACCUCUCUCGCCGCCUUGCCGAGCUCAAGGCCCGCGGCUGAGCGCUUUUCAGCGUUUUCAGAUGCGAUUCAUGCUAUAUGCUGUUGAGCCGCAAUGUCACGCGGACUGCUACUCUUAUUUGGUAGAUUCGUAAAUACUGUUAUGCUUAAGCGUGAGUUGGCAUCACCAUGUGGGGUCUGUGGACUUAAUGAAAACUUUGCUGUGUCAUAUUGUACUAUAAAAUCUAUAAAUUGCGGGCUUGCAAACAUCUGUGAUUGUGUUGCUAUCUGGACACUCCACAUCUGUCCGAAAAAGUUAAGUUGUCGAUGCUUGUCAUCAGUUUGCCCUACAGUU